GUGUGUGUGGUAAGGUGUGCCAACUGUCAAACGUCAGGCCAUUCGCUCGAAUGAUCCGUGUUGUUGGGAAGAACCGUGCCACCCGAAUAAACGAGCUCAAUCAUUUUUCCCUUGCUGUCUACGAAUCCAAGCAGUGUGCAGCUCAUUCUCGCGAAAAUGAUUGCUAACGCGACCGUACCACGAUUGGCCAACGUUGCCGCCCAGGCCCUGCAGCGCCGCACGUACUUCUCCGUGACGAGCAGCCUGCCCCAGGUUCGCGUAUCGCUCGUGGAAAAAGCCGCCCAUGGCCUGGCCAUCUUCGGCGGUGUGAUUGCCUACCCGAUCUGGGUCAUUGCUCACGUCCGUGAGUACAAGGGAGGCAACUAAACGGUGUUGUUUGGCGAUGGAACGUUCUAGUGAUACACUACUGUAAAAUUGACGAUCCUGCAAGACCCAUGUACAUGGCAGCCGUACAGACUUGGCACGUCCUGCGUGAUGGCAGAUCAACAAGUAAAUUUUGGUCGCGGUAUGAAUAAAUGCAUGGAACCUUGCGGAUCGUAACAUACACGAGGUGUUUUUUCCGCAAUUUGGAAGCCGGUGUUGAUGACGGAAGGUACUACGGGUUAAGAUCAGUGCUUGCUUAGAUGACGGAGACGAGAAUGUAACGAUGAUGAUUGAAAUGGAUUUUGUGGUAGCUACCGUGUUAAUUUUCGGAGCCUCGACGGUGAGCUAGCCAAUUAAUUGUUCAAGAAAAUCAAUUUUCGGCUUUAAUUUCCACAAAUAUUAAAAAAUGUUGUGCAAUGGCAGAUGAUCGACCGGCCGCGACCACUGUACGGAUAAACGCGUUCAGUGUGCUGCGAGUAAAGCUGGCAACACUGCCGCAACGCCCUGCCACCAACACAAAGGCGCAUUGUAAUUGAACAUUGUGUUUAUUUACAUUCGCUUGAUUAGCUGUGUUUUGUUAUGGGUGGACUACGACGGUGUUCAGGACGAAAAAUCGGUUAUUAUUCUGCUGUUUCUGUGUCGUGAUCUUGCUGUCCCGCAGCGCUACCUGUCCGAGGUGGUUGUACUUUUAUCAGCGCGCACCGCACUUCUGGUGCGUCUGGCAGCGAAAGUGUUCGCCGUACGGUGAAUCAAAUAUGUGCCACAGCAUCGUUUGAAACGUGAUCAUCUACAUCGAACGAACGACGACAUUAAGACAGCGCUCAGUAUUUGGACGGAACUUGAACAGCAACGUCGUCCCAGCUUUGUUUUCUGCUCCAGGAGAGGCGAUUGGAAGCGUUGUGUUGGUCUUGGUGGUGGAAAAGCGUCCACAGAACCGCUCCGAUUCCCGCACGAUCGCACGAUGCAUAAGGCGCCGUACAGUGUUACCUUCGUGCGCCACGGCGAAAGCGAAUGGAACAAGAUGAACCUUUUCUGCGGCUGGCACGACGUGGGUCUCAGUGAGGAAGGUGAAUGGGACGCACUGGAAGUAUCGGCCGCGGCGCUGAAGCGAGAAAACAUGGGGUACGACAUCGCGUUCACUUCCUGCUUGCGCCGUGCCAACCAAACGCUGGACAUUAUCCUGAAGGAGCUAAAUCUCACCGACAUACCCGUGCGGCAGCUGUGGCGCCUGAACGAACGCCACUACGGUGCACUGACCGGGUUCAACAAACGGCAGAUGGCCGACAUCUAUGGCGAGGAGCAGGUGCAGGUGUGGCGCCGCAGCUUUAACGUGCCGCCGCCGGCCAUCGAACCAACCAACCCGUACUACCAUGCGAUCAAAAGCAAUCCCCGGUUGCGACACAUCAAUGAGAAAGAUUUCCCGCUGACCGAGACGCUGGAAACGACGAUGGAGCGGGUCGUGCCGGAGUGGACCGACUCGAUCAUACCGGAGGUGCGGGCUGGCAAGCGGGUACUGGUUGUGGCGCACGGCACUAGCUUGCGUGGUUUAGUAAAGCACAUUCAAGAUAUUUCAGACGCCGACAUCAUGAAGUUCAACCUGCCGAACAGUAUUCCGUUCAUCAUCGACUUUGACGAGUCGAUGAAGAUGGUCGGUGGCAUCCGGUUCCUGGCGAAUGACGAAACGGUGCUGAAGGCAAUGGAGAAGGUGGCCUCGAUCGGUGGAAAGUAACCCGCGCCGCGCCCUUUCCUUUCCUUCCCACCCCCUUUGCUCCGAUUUGUCCGGUGCUACUCUACCUCAUCGUACGCCGAGCCUGCUUCCCAGACAAGGGUGAAGAAGGUUUCCUUUUUACAUGCGAACUCCCUCCCGUUGGAAAGGGAGUGUACACCAGAGUUCAGGAAGCAUAAAAGUGUUUUUUUUCUAUAGUUUUUAAUGUCCAUCUAGAUGUACGCUAUUUGACACAUGUUUUUGUUUUUUUAAAUGUAUUUUAGAAUGAUAAAAUCCCCCUAUUAGGUAUGCUCGAAAGUAAAUUUGCGUUGAAGGGCGUUCCGAUCGCCGAUCGCAGGAUUUGGUACGAAUUGGGAGAUUAAGCAAAAUCCUUGAACCUCUAUACCCGCUCCGUAUUUUAAACGAUCGUUGAUUUGAUGCAUUAAUGGUUAAGUGGACGCGUAAGUGGAAAUUAUUUUCUUCCGUUAGUUUUAAGAAGGAGCAGCAGGGGGAGUAUUACCGUAUCGUAUUUACAUCGAUACGCGCUCGUUUCGAGAUCGUUUACAAUGAGGCGUGCGUGCGUGUGUGGUAUAAUGCAGGCCCAAUAAGAUUUCAUAGCGCUUGUAUUCAUGUGUGCUGAAGCGUAAAAUAAAUCAUUUGUAAACUAAG